AUGAUUAAAGUAGUUAUUGCACUAUCGUGCCUUCUGGCAAUCAUCAGUUGUGAGGAAGAGCUGGGAAUAGAGGAAAUAUUUGUACCCAAGAUAUGUGAAAAAAAGUCGAAAAAUGGCGAUAUACUUUCAGUACAUUACAUCGGCACAUUCACUGAUGGCACCAAAUUUGACUCAAGCUGGGACAGAAAGCAACCGUAUAGAUUUCAAAUUGGCAGAGGACAAGUGAUCAAGGGAUGCGAUCAAGGACUGCUAGAUAUGUGUGUUGGAGAAAUUCGUAAGUUGACAAUGCCACCGUCAUUUGCGUACGGUGACCAUGGAAUUGAAAAUACAAUCCCACCAAGUGCUACAUUAGUUUUCGAAUAUGAACUCAUGGAUAUUCAAAGUGAAGAAGCCUUUUAUCAACAUAAUGAGUUUUAG